AUGCCAAACGGUAAUCAAAGACACAUCCGACCAUCGCCAGCUCCGAUCGACAAAGUAUCAGAACGAAUACGAAAUCGAGAAAACCAACGUCGUCUUCGGGAGCGGCGCAGAGAGUACACUCAGGAUUUGGAGGAAAGACUACAACAAUUUGAGAAAAAGGGCAUCGAGGCGACAAUACUCGUACAGAGAGCGGCGCGUACAGUAGCCCGGGAGAAUCGACUACUACGGGAGCUACUGCACAGUAAGGGGAUCUCGGAAGCAGAAAUUAACCAGCAUGUCAAUUACAUGAUCAGACCUGCAGCUAUGAAGGAAGAGCAUGUCUCAACCCUUUGCCUUGCUUCACUUGAGCACAUUAAAGUCGACGCUCAGGAUCAGAGCUACUAUCCUUCCAGAAACACUUCCCCGAUUGCAUCACCAUUCCCGACGUCCGGAAGGUCAAAUAACGACGAGAUGGAUUGUGAAGAGGCUGCACGAGUCAUCACUUCUUUACGUGGCAAAGUAGACCCCGAAGCACUGUGGCCACAACUUGGCUGUAGCACAGCGAGAAGGACUCGUGUGAAAAAUUCAGUGCUCAUGACACUAGCGCUCUGA